GAUGGAUAAACUGAAGUCCAGCUGCAGAGAAUGAGAUUGGAUUUACUGGAACUGUACUCAGCGAUCCUGCAGGUCGCGGUGAUUUCGGGCACGGGGAGAGGCGCGCUCCCGCAGCAGCUCGCGGAGACGACGAGGAGAACGACGCCGGCGCAGGCGGGCACGAGGGAGGAAACGCGGACACGCACGCAGGGAUCACCGUAACCCGCUGACAGGACGCGUCCGCACGCGCACGACGGCGGAGGUGUUGAAAUAUCCCAUCUCAUCAUCACUCGCACUGCUUCCCGCCCCCUCGUAACCUGGGGAUGAACGCACCGAUGAGGAGCCUGACAGGUAUGCCUGAUCGCAUGUUAUGUGCCGUGCUGGAGCAAUUUCAGCCUUACUUAUACCUUUGAUCCACUCGCUGUAUAGCACCGCCAGCCCCAGCAUGCUGAAGAGGAAGCAGAGCUCCCGGGUUGAGGCGCAGGCCAUGGCCGACUUUGGGCCAGACGAGACCCUCGCAGACAGCGCCGACAUCCUUUGGAUAAACAAACCAUGGGUGCACUCCCUCCUGCGCGCCUGCGCCAUCAUCAGCGUCACCUCUGUCUGCAUGAACACGCCCAAGACCUUCGAGCACUAUCCACCCCUGCAGUACGUCACCUUCACCCUGGACACGAUGCUCAUGUUCCUCUACACGGCCGAGAUGAUCGCCAAGAUGCACAUCCGGGGCAUCAUCAAGGGUGACAACUCUUACAUGAAGGACCGCUGGUGCAUGUUUGAUGGGUUCAUGGUCUUCUUCCUGUGGGUCUCCCUCGUCCUGCAGGUAUUUGAAAUAGCGGGGCUUGUGGACCAGAUGUCCCCGUGGGGGAUGCUGCGUAUACCUCGAGCGCUCAUAAUGAUCCGCGCCUUCCGGAUAUACUUCAGAUUCGAGCUCCCUCGCACCCGCAUCACUAACAUCCUCAAGCGAUCUGGGGAGCAGAUAUGGAGCGUCUCCAUCUUUCUGCUCUUCUUCCUUCUGCUCUAUGGAAUUCUGGGAGUUCAGAUGUUUGGCACGUUCAACCAUCACUGUGUCACCAACGACACGCAGAAGGGAAACGUGACCUGGAACAGUCUGGCCAUCCCGGACACACACUGCUCCAAGGAUGGAGAGGGAUACCAGUGUCCUCAGGGCUUUAAAUGCGCCGACUUGGAGGAUCUGGGCCUCAGCAGGCAGGAGCUCGGCUACAGCGGCUUCAAUGAGCUCGGCACCAGCAUCUUUACGGUGUAUGAAGCAGCUUCCCAGGAAGGAUGGGUCUUCCUCAUGUACCGCGCCAUAGACAGCUUCCCCCGCUGGCGCUCCUACUUCUACUUCAUCACGCUCAUCUUCUUCCUCGCCUGGCUGGUCAAGAACGUCUUCAUCGCCGUCAUCAUCGAGACGUUUGCCGAGAUCCGCGUGCAGUUCCAGCAGAUGUGGGGAUCGAGGAGCAGUACGACAUCCACGGCCACCACCCAGAUGUUCCAUGAAGAUGCUGCUGGAGGAUGGCAGCUCGUAGCAGUGGAUGUCAACAAGCCUCGUGGCCAAGCCCCCGCCUGCCUCCAGCAACUGAUGCGCUCGUCUGUGUUCCACAUGUUCAUUCUGAGCAUGGUGGCCGUGGACGUCAUCGUCGCCGCCAGCAACUACUACAAAGGCAAGGAAACCCAGCUCCAGUACGAUGAGUUCUACCUGGCAGAGAUGGCUUUUACCGUGCUAUUCGACCUGGAAGCUCUGCUGAAGAUCUGGUGUCUGGGCUUCACGGGCUACAUCAGCUCUUCGCUGCACAAGUUCGAGUCCUUGCUGGUGGUGGGGACCACCCUUCACAUCUACCCAUACUUCUACCAUUCGCAGCUUACCUACUUCCAGGUGCUGAGGGUGGUGCGGCUGAUUAAGAUUUCCCCGGCGCUAGAAGACUUUGUCUACAAAAUCUUUGGUCCGGGGAAGAAGCUGGGCAGCCUGGUGGUGUUCACAGCCAGCCUUCUCAUCGUCAUGUCUGCCAUCAGCCUGCAGAUGUUCUGCUUUGUGAAAGAGCUGGACCGCUUUACCACGUUUCCUCGGGCCUUCAUGUCCAUGUUCCAAAUUCUCACGCAAGAGGGGUGGGUGGACGUCAUGGACCAGACGCUGGUCGCCGUGGGCCACAUGUGGGCCCCCGCGGUGGCCAUCUACUUCAUCCUCUACCACCUGUUUGCUACACUGAUUUUGCUGAGUCUUUUCGUGGCCGUAAUCCUGGAUAAUCUGGAGCUUGACGAGGAUUUGAAGAAGCUGAAGCAGCUGAAGCAGAGCGAGGCCAACGCGGACACCAAGGAGAAACUGCCGCUGCGUCUGCGCAUUUUCGAGAAAUUCCCCAAUCGGCCGCAGAUGGUGAAGAUCUCCAAGCUGCCAUCGGACUUCACCGUGCCCAGGAUCAGAGAGAGCUUCAUGAAGCAGUUCAUCGACCGACAGCAGCAGGACACAAGCUGCCUGUUCCGCAGGCUUCCGUCAGCCUCCUCCUCCUCAUGCGACCACUCCAAGCGCUCGGCCAUCGAAGACAACAAGUACAUGGAUCAGAAGCUUCGGAGAUCGAUAUUCAGCUUUCGUGCCAGGAAUCUUCUGGAAAAGGAAACAACCAUCAAUAAAAUUCUGCGGGCUUGCACCCGGCAGCGCAUGCUGAGCGGCUCCUUCGAGGGCCAGCCGGCCAAGGAGCGCUCCAUCCUGAGCGUGCAGCACCACAUCCGGCAGGAGCGCAGGUCGCUGAGACAUGGGUCCACCAGCCAGAGGAUCAGCCGAGGGAAAUCACUGGAGACUCUGACGCAGGACGUGAGCGCAGCCAUUUCAGCGCUCAGUCACUCCAGCACAGUGCGAUACCGCAACGCCCAGAGGGAGGACAGCGAGAUCAAGAUGAUCCAGGAGAAGAAGGAGCAGGCUGAGAUGAAGAGGAAAGUGCAGGAGGAAGAACUGCGGGAGAACCAUCCCUACUUCGAUAAGCCGCUCUUCAUCGUGGGCCGAGAACAUCGCUUUCGAAAUUUUUGCCGAGUGAUCGUUCGAGCGCGUUUCAACGCCUCCAAAACAGACCCGGUAACAGGAGCAGUGAAAAGCACCAAAUACCAUCAGCUGUAUGAUCUGCUAGGCCUGGUCACGUACCUGGACUGGGUCAUGAUCGUGGUCACCAUCUGCUCCUGCAUCUCCAUGAUGUUCGAGUCCCCCUUCACUAGAGUCAUGCAGGUCCCCACCUUACAGAUUGGCGAGUACGUGUUUGUCAUCUUCAUGAGCAUCGAGCUCAACCUGAAGAUCAUGGCCGACGGACUCUUCUUCACCCCGACAGCAGUCAUCAGGGACUUUGGUGGAGUUAUGGACAUAUUCAUCUACUUAGUGAGUCUCAUCUUCCUGUGCUGGUUGCCGAAGGACGUUCCGCCCGAGUCGGGCGCUCAGCUGCUCAUGAUGCUGCGUUGCCUGCGCCCGCUGCGCAUCUUCAAGCUGGUGCCGCAGAUGAGGAAGGUGGUGCGUGAGGUGCUCAAGGGCUUCAAAGAGAUCUUCCUGGUCUCGAUCCUUCUCCUCACGCUGAUGUUGGUCUUCGCCUGCUUUGGCGUUCAGCUGUUUGCCGGAGAGCUCGCCAAGUGCAACGACCCUCGCGUCAGCCGGCGGGAGGACUGCCAUGGAAUAUUCCGGAUAAACGUCAGCGUUUCAAAAAAUCUGAACUUGAAACUAAAAGCCGGAGAGAAGAAACCAGGCUUUUGGGUGCCUCGGGUCUGGGCGAACCCCCGCAACUUCAACUUCGACAACGUGGGCAAUGCGAUGUUGGCUCUCUUCGAGGUGCUCUCGCUGAAAGGCUGGGUGGAGGUUCGAGACGUCAUCAUCCACCGCGUGGGCCCGAUCCAUGGCAUCUACAUCCAUGUGUUUGUCUUCCUGGGCUGCAUGAUUGGCCUCACCUUGUUCGUCGGUGUUGUUAUUGCCAACUUCAACGAAAACAAGGGUACCGCCCUCCUGACUGUGGACCAGCGGAGGUGGGAGGACCUGAAAAGCCGUCUGAAGAUUGCCCAGCCGCUGCACCUGCCCCCGCGUCCAGAGAACGGCGGGUUCCGAGCCAAAAUGUACGACAUCACACAGCAUCCUUUCUUCAAGCGGGGCAUCGCCGUGCUGGUGCUGGCGCAGUCUGUGCUGCUCUCGGUCAAGUGGGACGUCGGUCACCCGGUCACUUUUCCCUUGGCAACCAUGUCCGUGGUCUUCACCUUCAUCUUCGUGUUGGAGGUCACAAUGAAGCUGAUCGCCAUGUCCCCAUCCGGUUAUUGGCAGAGCAGAAGGAACCGUUAUGACCUUCUGGUUACCUCCCUGGGGGUCAUAUGGAUUAUUCUUCACUUUGCCUUGCUGAAUGCUUACACCUACAUGAUGGGCACCUGUGUCAUAGUGUUCAGGUUCUUUACCAUUUGUGGGAAACACGUGACACUGAAGAUGCUGCUCCUCACCGUGGUUGUCAGCAUGUACAAGAGCUUCUUCAUCAUCGUGGGAAUGUUCCUGCUGCUGCUGUGCUACGCGUUCGCGGGUGUCGUCCUCUUCGGAACCGUCAAGUACGGGGAGAACAUCAACAGGCACGCCAACUUCUCCACCGCGGGCAAGGCCAUCAUGGUGCUCUUCCGCAUCGUCACCGGGGAGGAUUGGAAUAAGAUCAUGCACGACUGCAUGGUGCAGCCGCCCUUCUGCACGCCCGACAAACGCCGAUACUGGGAGACGGACUGCGGCAACUACGUGGGAGCCCUCAUCUACUUCUGCUCCUUCUACGUCAUCAUCGCCUACAUCAUGCUCAACCUGCUCGUGGCUAUUAUCGUGGAGAAUUUCUCGCUCUUCUAUUCGACCGAGGAGGACCAGCUGCUGAGCUACAACGACCUGCGCCACUUCCAGAUCAUUUGGAACAUGGUGGAUGACAAGAGAGAGGGCGUCAUCCCCACCUCGCGGGUCAAGUUCCUCCUGCGGCUGCUGCGCGGUCGCCUCGAGGUGGACCUGGACAAGGACAAGCUGCUCUUCAAGCACAUGUGCUACGAGAUGGAGCGCCUGCACAACGGGGGGGACGUCACCUUCCACGACGUGCUGAGCAUGCUGUCGUACCGCUCGGUGGACAUCAGGAAGAGUCUCCAGCUGGAGGAGCUUCUGGCCAGGGAGCAGCUCGAGUACACCAUCGAGGAGGAGGUGGCCAAGCAGACCAUCCGCAUGUGGCUCAAGAAGUGUCUGAAGCGCAUCCGGGCCAAACAGCAGCAGUCAUGCAGCAUCAUCCACAGUCUGAGGGUGAGUCAGCAGCAGGAGCUCAGCCGCUUCCUAAACCCCCCGAGCAUCGAGACGACGGUGCCCAGCGAGGACGUCAAUGCCAACAGCCAGGAGAACCCCUCCCAGCCUGAGAUGAGCAGCCUGCAGCAGCUCCUGAGCCCCACGCUGUCCGACCGGGGCAGUUAUCGGCAGGACUCUGGGGACAUGAGCAAACCCCAAAGGAAGCUGGGACAGUGGCGACUGCCGGCAGGUCGAAGCAGCGUGAAGUCGGUGGCGCCCAAGAUGAACCCGGCGAGCGACGAGGUGUCCUCGGGUUCCGAGAUCAAGAAAUGGUGGACGCGUCAGCUGACGGUGGAGAGCGACGAGAGCGGCGAUGAUCUCAUUGACAUUUGA